AUGAGAGACGAAAUUCGUUCAUGGUGCCUCCGCAUAACGACAUUCAUUCGAAGGGCAACAGCUUUCACAUUAACACACGUAGGAUUAUGUAUGAUGGUAGCCAUAUAUGCUGUAGUUGGAGCAUUCAUGUUUCAAGCAAUUGAAUAUCCGAAAGAACUCGAAUUUCAAGGUCACAUCAAGAACGAUACAUGGCAGGUUGUACACAACUUGUAUUCAUUCAUAUUAAACAGUUCUGUGAUUGAAGAGUCAGAAGUACGCGAUCGAGCUCAUUUUCUAUUUAAGCGUUAUGAAAAGCUUUUAGUUGAAGCUGUUAAUUUUGAAGGUUAUGAUGAACAUGACGAUAUUCGGCCAACAUAUCAAUGGACAUUCUCUGGCGCCCUCCUAUACUCUAUUACUGUUUUCACAACAAUCGGUUAUGGCCAUAUAUGUCCGAAAACUGAUGCUGGGCGUCUGAUGACAAUCCUCUAUGCCAUGGUUGGCAUACCCUUAAUGCUUUUAUGCUUAGCGAACAUCGCUGAAACUUUAGCUCAGAUUUUCACUUACAUCUACUUCAAGAUAUGUUGUGCAUACUGUAGAUGGCAGAAAAACCGACGAAGAAUACGACGAGCUGCCUUAUCUUUCCGAUAUCACCCUAACGCUGCUGCCAACAUUCGCAGAGCUCAAUCAUCAAGAUCAAAUCCUCGUUAUAACACAGUUCGUAGACAUGCAUCUUUGAAUAGGAGAACACGUCCAAGUGAUAGUAAGAGUGUUCGUUCAUUUGGAAGAUAUGAUGCUUCCUCAAGACAUAACGUAGACACAAUGUCUUUGCCCGGCCGAAGAAAGAUCAGUCAGAACAGCCGGAGUCCCAAUGGAACAAUGCCUAGGACGUUCCAUAAGAAUUCAAGAUAUUUACAAAAGUCCAGUACAGCAACCAAUAUGGACCAUAUAUACUUACAUGAGUUAGAAGAUAGGAAAACUAAGAAGAGAAGUAGGACACGAAACACAGUGUCGGAAAGCCCAGCAAGGGAGUAUAAAGGAGGGCUGCUUGUUCGAGGCCAUCAAGACGCAGAUGUCGUUGACUUGAAGGCUUAUGGUGCAUCAGCCGCAGCAUUCCAAGAGCUGAUGAUGGCUUCAACAAGUGAAAAAAGACGAAGACGAGAGGAAGGACUUCCUAAUGUGGUCAUUUCGCGUACAAAAGAAGAAGAAAAAGCUGGAAGUGAUGUUGAGAGGACGGAAGAAACGAGUUUACAAUUAUCAUUUUCUGACGACGACGAAGUUGUGCUGGAAAGAAAACCCACUGCUCAUCAUUUGCCGCAGCAGAAACAACCAAGUAUGGAUAGUAGCACAAGCCGAAGAUUACGAGAAAUGGAUGGAAGAUCAUAUCGUUCUGAUCGAUCAGAGCGUUCAGAUGAGAUGUCCCUUCACUCACUACGACGUCAAGGUUACGCGCGUACUAAUGAGAAGAUGCCAGUCAGUGUUGGAAUAUGCAUCGUGUUCGCUUUCAUAUCAGGGGGAGCUGUGCUGUUCUCCUGGUGGGAAGGAUGGAAUCCAUUUGAUGGAGCUUAUUACUGUUUCAUCACUCUAAGUACCAUAGGAUUUGGUGAUAUCGUACCCGGUCAAGCGUUAGACGAAGGAUCACAGGAGAAACUCGUAGUCUGUGCCUUAUACCUACUGUUCGGUAUGGCUCUGAUCGCUAUGUGUUUCAAGCUGAUGCAAGAUGAUGUUGUGCAGAAAGCGCGUUGGUUGGGUCAGAAAAUAGGAAUAUUAGUUCGAGAAGAUUCAUCGGAUUCUGAAUCGGAUCUGGACGAUGACAUGAUUGAAGAAGAUGAUGAGGAUUUGAGUGAAGAACGUAAUGAUCAAAUCUAUGAUAAACGAACUAUAUCAUCGGGAUCUUCGAAGAGAGAUGACGAUAUGCAUCAUUCAACUUCAUCCAGGAAAUAUCAUCGUUAA